AUGUCGACCCAAAAUUCAAAAAAGCACAAGAAACAACAUCUGCCCAUAGAUUCAUCGGGAUCCUCGUCAGCACAGCGCCCAACAAGCAAGAAACGUCAAGCAUACAACGCAGCUAACGUCGGUCUGGAUAUAGUGGCCAACAUAUCCGAGGGAUCAGAUGUACUCGCUCCUCUCAAGGCAGCUUGUCGAACCACCAAGUCAAUUCUCGAUGUCGCAACAGAGAUCAAUCAAGAGGAAUGGAUUGAUCUAGCCGGACGUUUGAAGGAAUACAUGUCUGCGCUCGAGAAACAAAUCACUCUAUUGGAGGCAUAUCCUGAGGAAGACAUGGCCGUUGACGAGGCGUUUAUGCAGCCGCUAAUCCACUAUGUCGAAUUUCUCGAAAAUAUGCACGAUACAAUUGUCGACCUAAAGGAGAAACGCAACCGCAGCAAACUCAGCAUCUUUAAAGCGUUCGGAAAAAUGAAAAUUGACGCAGAAGAGAUUCUCAAACUCAAUCGAGACAUCGAGGACCGGCAUAGGCAAUUCAUGGAGGCCUUGAGUCUUUUUACAGCCACCAAAGCGAACGUGGAGACCAUUCUUAAAGACGUCGACACCAAUGCUAUACUACAGCUACCGGUGGUAGCUUUCGUCGCAUCCUCAGUCCACAGGCCGUGUCUGAAAGGAACACGCGAGGCUGUUCUUCAGACUAUCUACCGCUGGGCCGACGAUGAUACGUCGGACAAGCCGAUAUUUUGGCUGUGUGAUAUCGCCGGCUCUGGAAAGUCCACAGUCGCAAUGUCUGCAGCGGAGUCUUGGAGAAAGGAAAGAGUACUAGGAGGCCGAUUCUUCUUCUCUAUUGCAAACAGCGAAGGAUCCACCACAGACAAGUUCUGCUCUACAAUAGCAAGAGACCUGGUCGACUACAUACCCAGGCUUGCGCCGCACGUCGCUGGAGCUGUGAAGCGACACCCGUCGUUCAUGCGAAGCUCUCUCGAAGAGCAGUUCCAGAAGCUCGUCAUUGAUCCCAUCCGUUAUAGUCAAGGACGUGUCAUUCUCGUCAUCGACGCUCUUGAUGAAUGUAAAUCUGGAUUGCAGCGAAGAGAGCUUGUCGAAAUGCUUUCUACAGCUGUUCGAGGAACAAAGAACCUCAAGAUAUUCAUGACGAGUCGGCCAGACCCCGUAAUCCAAGCCGUCUUGGGACCACUCGCAAUCAAAUCCAAGUUGGAGGACCGACUGCACGAUGUCAAGCAUCAUGAUAACAUUGGUGAUGUCGCAGUGUACAUACACAAAGCACUAGACAACGUGCUGCCGGAGGGCAAAAGGCAGAGACUGAUUAAAAAGGCCAACGGAUUGUUCAUCUGGGCGAGCACUGCAUGUCGAAUGCUCACCAACGAGACAAGCUUAAGCCCUCCGGAGGUCACGUAUGAUCACCUCAUGUCCAUGGACAAGGCUGGGGUCAUAGACGAUCUAUAUAACCUCAUCUUUGUGCGCAUGGAUCCCGAGUUCCACACGAUCAUGUACAAGAUGCUCGCCGUAUUGCUUGCAGCGUUUGAACCGCUGACUGCCGACGACGUGGACGAUAUUCUCAAGCAUUCUGGGGCAUACGGAAGUGCAAAGGCACUGGUACGGAAUCUCGGCAGCGUACUUGUUGAGGAUGGUACCACGAGUCUAAUCCAAUUUCGGCACCCCACUUUCGUCGAGUACCUUCGGCGUUGCUCUGUUGCCCCACCCAUCGAUACGCGUAACAACGUGUAUAUCAGGAUUCCUGACGCACACGGCCAAGCCGCAGUUUGGUGUCUCAAACAUCUGACAUCGCGAAGCGAUGGUCUCAAAUUCAAUAUAUGUCAACUGGAGUCAUCUUUCUAUCUUAAUAGAGAGAUUCCAAACCUCGAUACGAGAGUAUCGAGAUUCAUUUCAAGACACCUUAGAUAUGCCAGCUCUCAUUGGCUGUUCCAUGUGGCUGAAGCUGGCGACAGCUGGCGGUCCAUGAUCAAGAAGGAAAUCCAACAGAUUAUUCAAGUUCCAUACGUGUUAUACUGGAUGGAGGUUCUGAGCUUGACCGGAGGAGUGCCACGAGCAAUAACCGGUCUUCGAGCUAUUACACGCCACGCAGGACUUGAAACAUGGGAUGAAGCCAACAUGGACCAGAUUCGACGGUUUAUAAUGGUAUUUUCAGUACCGAUUCAAGAGAGCGCCCCACACAUAUACAUUUCCGCGCUCCCAUUCACCCCUACAAAUUCAAUAUUGCAUGUUGAGGGUGCAAAAAGAUAUAGAAAUACUCUUCGGGUAACAGAAGGCCUCGAGGAGAUGUAUUCUGGGCUCCCAAGUAGUCUUCGAGGUCAUGAAUUUGGGGUCAACGCAGUCGGAUUCUCCCCAGACGGCUCACAGAUUGUGUCCGGCUCUUCCGACAAGACAAUUCGAUUGUGGGACACGGCAACUGGUCAGGCUGUGGGCGAGCCACUCCGAGGUCAUGAAGGCACGGUCAGGGCUGUCGGAUUCUCGCCAGAUGGCUCACAGAUUGUGUCCGGCUCGUACGACAAGACAAUUCGAUUGUGGGACGCGGCAACUGGUCAGGCUGUGGGAGAGCCACUCCGAGGUCAUGAAGGACCGGUCAGCGCCGUCGGAUUCUCGCCAGACGGCUCACAGAUUGUGUCUGGCUCAUCCGACAACACAAUUCGAUUGUGGGAUGCGGCAACUGGUCAGGCUGUGGGAGAGCCAUUCCGAGGUCAUGAAUCUGGGGUCAACGCCGUCGGAUUCUCGCCAGACGGCUCACAGAUUGUGUCUGGCUCGUGGGAUAACACAAUUCGAUUGUGGGACGUGGCAACUGGUCAGGCUGUGGGAGAGCCACUCCGAGGUCAUGAACAUUGGGUCAACGCCGUCGGAUUCUCGCCAGACGGCUCGCAGAUUGUGUCUGGCUCGUCCGACAAGACAAUUCGAUUGUGGGACGCGGCAACUGGUCAGUCUGUGGGAGAGCCACUCCGAGGUCAUGAACAUUGGGUCAACGCCGUCGGAUUCUCGCCAGACGGCUCACAGAUUGUGUCUGGCUCAUCCGACAACACAAUUCGAUUGUGGGACGCGGCAACUGGUCAGGCUGUGGGAGAACCACUCCGAGGUCAUGAAAAUUGGGUCAACGCCGUCGGAUUCUCGCCAGACGGCUCACAGAUUGUGUCUGGCUCGGACGACAAGACAAUUCGAUUGUGGGACGCGGCAACUGGUCAGGCUGUGGGAGAGCCACUCCGAGGUCAUGAACAUUGGGUCAGGGCCGUCGGAUUCUCGCCAGACGGCUCACAGAUUGUGUCUGGCUCGGGCGACAAGACAAUUCGAUUGUGGGACGCGGCAACUGGUCAGGCUGUGGGAGAGCCACUCCGAGGUCAUGAAUCCGGGGUCUUGGCCGUCGGAUUCUCGCCAGAAGGCUCACAGAUUGUGUCUGGCUCGUCCGACAAGACAAUUCGAUUGUGGGACGCGGCAACUGGUCAGGCUGUGGGAGAGCCAUUCCGAGGUCAUGAAGAUGUGGUCACCGCCGUCGGAUUCUCGCCAGACGGCUCGCAGAUUGUGUCUGGCUCGUCCGACAACACAAUUCGAUUGUGGGACGCGGCAACUGGUCAGGCUGUGGGAGAGCCACUCCGAGGUCAUGAAUCUGGGGUCAACACCGUCGGAUUCUCGCCAGACGGCUCACAGAUUGUGUCUGGCUCGUCCGACAAGACAAUUCGAUUGUGGGACGCGGCAACUGGUCAGGCUGUGGGAGAGCCACUCCGAGGUCAUGAAUCUGGGGUCAACGCCGUCGGAUUCUCGCCAGACGGCUCACGGAUUGUGUCUGGCUCGUGGGACAACACAAUUCGAUUGUGGGACGUGGCAACUGGUCAGGCUGUGGGAGAGCCACUCCUAGGUCAUGAAUCCGGGGUCUUGGCCGUCGGAUUCUCGCCAGAAGGCUCACAGAUUGUGUCUGGCUCGUCCGACAACACAAUUCGAUUGUGGGACGCGGCAAUUGGUCGGGCUGUGGGAGAGCCAUUCCGAGGUCAUGAAGAUGUGGUCACCGCCGUCGGAUUCUCGCCAGACGGCGCACAGAUUGUGUCUGGCUCGUGGGACAAGAGAAUUCGAUUGUGGGACGCGGUAACUGGUCAGGCUGUGGGAGAGCCACUCCGAGGUCAUGAAGGCGGAGCCAGCGCCGUCGGAUUCUCGCCAGGCGGGUCACAGAUAGUCUCCGGCUCGUGGGACAAUACGAUUCGAUCAUGGGAUGCAGAAACCGGUGGGUUCAACUCAGCUCGCCUUCGAGAUUAUGACACGACUCGACAAAUAGCCCUAAGUGCAAACGCAAAUUCUUCUGGUAAAGAGUCUGUAUAUUCAAGCCUCAGUGAGGGUCUUCAGGCCACUCCUCUCAGAAUCCAUGUACCUGGAUUCCAAAUUUGCUUACUCUCGGAGGACGGCUGGGUACAUUCUUCCGGCAAACGUCUCUUCUGGGUACCACCAGCCAAUCGACACGGACUAAAAUAUCCAUAUCUCCUGACAAUUCUAAACACGGCUCCAUUCCGCAAGACCAAGUUUGAUUUCACCAAUUUUCAAUGUGGUCUCUCUUGGACAAAUGUUCGAACAAAUGUCCCAUAA